UCUCCACUCUUGUUCAUCAUUUUGGACGAUGAUGGCUCUCCGACUGAGAACCAACCACCGCACCCUAAUCAACCCACCUCUCGCCCACCGCUUCUCCACCUCCUCCAAGUUCGCUGCCGUGGUCGCUGCCGUGGCACAAACCCGCAAGGCCCUUGCGAAAUGUCGGAUUCGAUCCAUGAGCCCAGAUGAGCACGCUGAGAUUGAGAGAAUUUUUUUGGAUUUACGGGAGGAGUUGAGGAAGGAGGAGGAGGAGAAAUUCCAGUGAGUAAAGCUAAUUUUUUCUUUAUUGAUUUUAGUUUGGCAUUGAUUUUAUGUUUGUUGUACAUCAGAUAUGGGUCAAACUCCUCAUCAUAUGUCUCAGAGACGGCCCAAUUCCGUGGCCAGACUGCGCACGAUAUUCUCAGAGCCUCGCAGCUCUCCUCCGCCUCCAAAGGACAAGGAUAAGAUGUCUUCUGCAGAAAAGCUGAAAAUGGAGCAUGACAAAGGUAGAGAUGAAUUUGAAAUGUCACAGUCAGAUUUUGUUUCUUCAAAAUUACAAGGUGAAGUUGCUCCACCUCCUGGUACCGAAAAGCUUCCUAAGGUUUAUAACCCUCAGAUCAGUUGUUCCAUUUGUAGAAAGAAGGGCCACAAUAAGAGGACUUGCCCACUGAGACAUCAGCAAGGUGGCAAUGUGCAGCAAGAGUCUGUGAAUGUGCAAGAGGAAGGUGACAAUGUGAGGCAGCAAGAGCCUUUGAAUGUGUAAGAGGAAGCUCAGAAUAUGCAGCAGCACGAAGCACAUAAUGGAUAGUUCAUGUUGGUUCUCUCCUUUUCUUUUCACUCCUUUUGAGUGUGUUGCACGGCACACUUUUAUUUCACAUUGGUACUUGAAAGAAAAGCACUAGAUCAGUUCACCUCUUACAUAACCUCGUGUUUGCAAAAUCUGGUUUUUCAGUUGCUUUCGAAUACGUUCCUUUUCGCUGGUUUAUGCUCAAUUGCUGCUAAAAGGUGACACUGGUGAUUCUAUGGCUUUAACAAAGAUUUAUGUAAGUGAUACUACCAAGGGACUUGGAUAGCUCAUAGAUAAGCUCUUCAAGAUUCAAUUAUCCUUUACAAAAUUACAAUCAGAAAGAACAAACUUCUUGAUGGGGAAACAUGCUACUGGCCUACUGCUACUGAACAAUGCUUUGCUAAAUGCAGUUGAGGAUCCCUGUUCUGGGUACGUAGCUAAUGCCAAGCUCUUCGAGCAGAGCAAAACGACAUGUCGCCGUUAAAGCCAAAAAGGUCUACUUAAGGGAAAA